GGAUAAUGUGUGUGUGCGCGCGCAGAGACUCGUUGCGCAUGCGUAUAAAAGGCCCACAGCUCUGGGCAGGAAUCCAUAGGUAAACAGAAAGCAGGAAGCGGAAGUCAAGGGAACAGGGAGAUUUGGGGAGGCUUCUAGGAAUUUGCUCUUAUUUCUCAGUCAUGACCGGGACGUAUGGGAUGCAGGCUAGACUAGGUCAUGGCCUAGACUUUGGGAUCGAGUCGUAAACUUCUGUGUCGCAGUGUAAUCUUCUGGAUCAAGACCUAUGAUUUCUAGGUCAUGAUAUAUGAUUUCUUAGUCGCAAUCUAGGCUUCUAGGUUGCAACCUCUGAUUUCUGGGGCACCCGCAAUGGCGAAGUAUUGUUCCAACCCUCCCUUCCGGAGCCCCUUCCAUCCAACCCCCAAGGAGUCUUCCGGCCGGACCUAUCGCAGCGCCCAUCACUCCCAGUCUCUGCUCAGUGGCCUGGGGGCCCUCCGGGACAGGGGCGUCCUCUUCGAUGUCAUUCUGAGGGUCGAAGGGCAGCCUCUCCAGGCCCAUCGCAUUCUUCUGGCUGCCUCCUGCGACUAUUUCAGGGGAAUGUUUACUAGCGGUUUGAAGGAAAUGGACCAGAAGGAGGUCCAGAUACAGGGAAUCUCGUACAACGCCAUGCGCCGGAUCCUUGACUUCAUCUACACUUCGGAACUGGAAAUCGGACUGAAUAGUGUGGAGGAGAUACUGUCCGCGGCAUGCCAACUUCAGAUCCUGGAGGCGAUCCGCUUCUGCUGCGACUUCCUGGCCUCCUGGGUGGAUGCCGAGAACCUCCUGGAGGCCUACCGCCUGGCUGACCUCUUUGGCUUGGGCCGCCUGGCCGAGCAGCUGGAUGCCUUCGUCCUCAAGAACUUUGUGUCCUUCUCCCGCACCCCCGCCUACCGCCAUCUCCCUUUGGAGAAGCUUUACGCACUCCUGGAAAGCAAUGCCCUGCAGGUUCGCUCCGAGAAUGAAGCCUACGAGGGGGCCCUCCUCUACCACUUUGACGCCGAGCAACUCGAGGGUGACGACCUCUCCUUAACAGAGUCCCCAAAGCUUUUGGAGACCGUCCGCUUCCCGUUAAUGGAGGCUCAUGUCCUGCAGAGGCUCCAUGAUAAGCUCGGCCCGUGUCCGUUGAAGGAGACCGUAGCGCAAGCUCUGGCCUACCAUGAGAACGAAGCCUUCCAGCCCGUUCUGCAAGGGCCACGGACACAGAUCCGGUCACGCUUUCGCUGUGUGGCAGGCUUCGGCGGGAGGCACGAACCCCCCUUGGCAGACCUCAGCAGCCAAGCCUGGUUUCUGAACCCCUUCCUGAAGGGCUGGAGGCACCUCACCUUCGCCCAAGCACCUCUAAUGUCCAACCAAGGGGUGGCCGUCUACAAUGACUUUGUCUACCUCAUCGGAGGGGACAACAACGUGCAGGGCUUCGGAGCAGAGGCCCGGUGCUUGCGGUAUGACCCUCGUCACAAUCGGUGGUUCCAGAUCCAGUCCCUGCAGCAAGAGCAUGCCGACAUGGCCGUCUGUGUCUUGGGCGAACACAUCUAUGCAGUAGCUGGACGCAACUACCACGAAGACCUGCGCGAGGUGGAGCGCUACGACCCCCGGACGAACACCUGGGAGUACGUGGCGCCCCUCCAGAAGGAGGUUUUUGCCCACGCUGGGGCCGCCUUGGAUGGGAAGAUGUACAUCGCUUGCGGGAGGCGGGAAGAGGAGUUCCUCAAGGAGUUCCAGUGCUACGACCCCGGGACGAAUUGCUGGGCCACUCUACCUGAUAGCCCCUUCCGGCGCGCCUGGCACGGCAUGGUGGCCUUGCUGGGGAAGCUUUAUGUCAUUGGUGGGAGCAAUACCGAUUGUGGCUUCCGGCAGGAUGUCCUCGAGGUGUCCUGCUACUCCCCGAACUCAGCGCAAUGGACGAUGGUGUCCCCUCUUCCAGCUGGACACGGUGAACUGGGCAUCGCAGCCCUCGACCACCGCAUCUAUGUCUUAGGAGGCCGGUCCCACAACCACGGCCGCCUCUCGGCUGGUGUCCACAUUUACGACGCCCACCAGGACCGAUGGGGCGACGGUCCCUCUCUGGAGAACAGCAUUUCGGGGGUGGCAGCCUGUGUCCUUACUGUGCCCCAGUCGGUGAUCCUCGACGUCGAGCGGCGGCCCCCAGAAAGAUGCCGGAGCGACAGCGGAGGGGACCUAUCUCCUGAGGACAUGAGCGCCUUAGACUGGGAAGAUCUUGAGCUGAGUGACGAGAACUAAGAGACUUCUCUCUUGCAAUUUCUACGUGGUUGGGUUUUUCCAGGGGUACUGUUCCCCCAAAAUGCAUGCAUUGUUUGGAGACCCCAGGAAUGGAGAGGAAGGGGCCCUGGAGUCAGUGGGGAAGGAAUAGAAUCCUAUACGAACGAACCCCAAUAUCAAUGACUUCCCUCCCUCCCUCAGCCCUCCCCCUCAAACAAACAAAUAAACACAUUGAAACAAACCCCAAUAUCAGUGACCCCUCCCUCUCGCCCCCUUCCCUCAAAAAACUCCUCUCAGCUUCCCAAAGCCCUCCGCUCACCCUCCAAUAAAGAGAAAAGAAAACCUAUACAAACCCCAAUAUUUGGGUUGCUAUGAGUUUUCUGGGCUGUAGGUCCAUGUUCCAGAAGCAUUCUCUCCUGACAUUUCACCCACAUCCAUGAUAGGCGUCCUCAAAGGUUGUGGGGCCAGUUGGAAACUAGGCAAGUGGGUUUUAUAUAAUAAUAAUAAUAAUAAUAAUAAUAAUAAUAAUAAUAAUAAUAAUAAUAAUAAUAAUAAUAAUAACAACAACAACAACAACAACUUUAUUUUUAUACCCCGCCUCUAUCUCCCCAAAGGGGACUCAGGGCGGCUUACAUGGGGCCAAGCCCGAAUAAAAACAAUAGCAAUAUAAAACAUAACAAUAGACAAGAGACAUGCACAGUUAUAAAAAUUUAAACAUUAGCCAAUAAAAACAAAUGACAAGAACUAAUAAAAACGGAUUAAAACGGAGAGGUUGUAAAAGUUGAAUGGGUAAGGUGCACCAUAUAAAUAUUGUAAACACAAGGUGACUGAUAAAGUGCUACAAAUUCUUGGAAGUGCAAAUUGGGAUGGGAGUAGACCCUGUGUCUUUAUCAAGUUGACAAAGGUAAAAAGUGCAAUCUGUGGAAUGUCCAGGGUGGGAGAAAGAACUCUUGUCUGUUGGAAGCAAGUGUGAAUGUUGCAAUUGGCUACUUUGAUUAGCAUUGAAAAGCCUUGCAUUUUCAAGGCCUGGCUACUUCCUGCCUGGAGGAAGGUGUUGGGAGGUGAUUAGCUGGCCCUGAUUGUUUCUUGUCUGGAUUCCCCUGCUUUUUGAGUGUUGUUUUUUAUUUACUGUCUUGAUUUUAGAGUUUUUAAAUACUGGUAGCCAGAUUUUGUUCAUUUUCAUGUUUCUGUUGACAUUGUCCACUUGACAAGUUUUUAACAGACUUCACAACCUCUGAGGUUGUCUCUCAACCUCUGAGCCUAUCAUGGAUGUGGGCGAAAUGUCAGGAGAGAAUGCUUCUGGAACAUGGCCCUACAGCCCAGAAAACUCGUAGCAACCCAGUGCUUCUAGCCAUGAAAGUCUUCGACAACACAAUCCCAUAUCAAUGCCCCCCUUUCUCUCACAAAAGAUUCUAGAGAUGUCUCCAUCUCCGAUUCCACAAGGAGCAAAGUGGCUGUGGUGCCAAACACAAGAGCAUUGAACUCAGACCUGAAAGGAACAAAGAAGAGGAAGAGGCGUCUAUUUCACUCUGCCAUUACUUCCAAGACCCAACCUGGCAGACCAUUACUCCCCAUCAACCGCUGCUCACCCUGCCUGCCUCGGGCACUCUUCCCGUCCUCAGAGGUGCUGGAGUCCACCAUCAUGAGGGAGUCAACCACUGGGAGGCAGGAGCGGUAAGAGUCUAGCGCCUAGAUCCAGGGAAGUCAUGCUACCCCUCUAUUCUAUUCUGCCUUGGUCAGACCACACCUGGAAUCACACUGUCCACUUCUGGGCACUGCAAUUGAAGGGAGAUGUUGACAAGCUGGAAUGUGUCCAGAGGAGGGCGACAAAGGAUCAAAGGUCUGGAAAACCAGUCCUGAGAGGAGCAACUUAAAGAGCUUGGCAUGUUUAGCCUGCAGAAGGCUGAGAGGAGACAUGAUGAGGACCAUGGAUCAAGAUGUGAGGGGAAGUCAUAGGGAGGAAGGAGCUGCCCUGGAGACUUGGACGCAGAACAAUGGCUUCAAACGACAGGAAAGAAUAUUCCACUUGAACAUUAGGAAGGAACUUUCUCACUGUAAGGAGAGCUGUUCAGCAGUGGAACUCUCUGCCCCAGAGUGUGAUGGAGACUCUUUCUUAGGAGGUUUUUUUAACAGACUGGAUGGCCAUCUGUUGGGGGGUGCUUUGAAUGUGAUUUUCCUGCUUCUUGGCAGGGGGUUGGACUGGAUGGCCCACAAGGUCUCUUCUAACUAGGAUUCUAUGAUUCUAUGUGUCUGAUAUGGUCACCUGCAUAAACCAGGCAUUGAGGUAGUUAGGAGGACCUGACGCAGCUCCUCCAUCAGCAUCCACAUGACAAUCCACCACCGCCUUAUUCUGAAGAAGACCCCAAAGACCCUGGGGCAGACGCCUGCCCACACCUGUUAUUUACUUAGGCCUCGUGACUCCCAAAUACCCAGAGGGUGAAAUGGCCUUUGGGUCCCUGGUGCAUAGAAACGUUCCCACUCAUAUUUCUGAUUCUUCCACAGAAGGAGACGAGUAAAGUUUGGAAAGGGAGAGAUCUAAUGCUGAGCCUUCCAAUACCUGCAGACGCCCCCGUCUUGGUUUUUGGACCUUAGAACUGAAUCACCUAGUAUCUGAUUAUACUUUUAAGAGUUCAUGUACUCUACACAUUAACUACCAAGCUUAAGGCAACCUGGGAUUUGUAGUUUGGUGGCAAGAUGACCUCUGGGCAGACCUUCUGAUGCUUUGGAUUUGAAAUGCCAGAAAUCUCAGCUAGAAUGGAAAAUACUUAUGGAUUCUGGGUCCAAAACAUCUGAAGAAUCCAAGCAUAAAAGUCAUUGUCUCCUGAAUGGCAAUAGAGGACCUCACCACACUACAAAUCCCACGAUCCCAUAACUGACUGUUAUGGGAGUUGCUUAUGGGAUCUUGAGAUUUGUACCACCAUAGCUGUGUAGUGUGAGCACAGGGUGUAUAUAAUAUACCAGGCAUGGGUAAACUUGAGCCCUCCAGGUGUUUUGGACUUCAAUUCCCACAAUUCCUAACAGCCUCAGGCCCCUUCCUUUUCCCCCUCAACUGCGUAAGCCUUGGGUGCUUCAGGGAAUGCGUCUUGCGAUAUUUGGAAUAAAAAGUCAUGCUUUUAAA